UUGACUGCUGGUCCCGAACUCCGCGCAGAGCUCGUCUACAAAACCAGGAGCGUCGCUGUUCCUGCAGCUCACUUCUCUCACUUCUCCCACUUCUCUCACUUCUCUCACUUCUCUCACUUCUCCCACUUCCCUCACUUCUCUCACUUCUCCCACAUCUGCGCUGCGGGACGUUUAUCUUCCACUGCGCGCUCACAUCUGUAACUCUAUCGAACGCAGCUUGGAUACCGCGGCCUCUCUCCCCUGCGCAGCUCCAUCCCCUCCUCGCUGGGCCCCGGGUUCAGAGGUGAUGGUACCACGCUCUCACAGGGGACCGGUCCUCAGGUGAUGGUCUUUCAGGAGAUAGGGACCACUUCUGGAAACGCUCUCGCUCUUCCCACAACUGUUCGUUUCCCCCCACCCGUCGUUUACAUCGCUUUGGCUCGAACAUGGCUCUGUACUCUCGGUUUCUGGUCGUGCUGCUCUACGGAUGGAGUUAUCUGUGCGUUGGAUACUGCGCGAUGCUGAAGACUGACUCUGUCCCCGAGAGGCGAAAGAUGGAUUUUACGCAUUCGGAGGAUAACAAGCAUCAGGCUCAGGAGGAGCAGGAGCUGCUUUUACAGGAUACUAUGACGGAACACAUGCAGAUGCUUUACGCGAAGUACAACCGGGCUGGAUUUCCCUUCAAGGACGGAAACACGGUCCGCAGCUUCAAAGCGCACUGGGGGACCAUAAACAAGAAGCAGCUGCAGAUCUUCAACCUCACGUCCCUCACGAGGAGCGAGGACGUCCUGUCGGCCACGCUUCACUAUUACAUCGGAGACCUUCAGAACGGGACCCACGGCUGCUCCAGGACCAAGAGCUGCGGCCGCCACGCGCCCCGGAGACACAGCCACGUCCACAUGGUCGUCUGGAGCUUCGCCUCCGUGGACAACCACAUGAGGACGCUGGGACAGUUUCGAAUCAACGUGUCCACCCUCUACAGGGACUUCAUAUCCUGGCAGUGGAAGGACAUCACUCGUGUGGUGAACCAGGCCAAGCACCACGACGAGCUGCUCAUCGGCAUCGACGUGGCCUCGCAGGGGCCCCGGCCCUGGAAGCAGCUCCUGUCCGACCGCUCGCCCUACAUCCUGGUCUACGCCAACGACUCGGCCAUUUCCGAGCCCGAGAGCGUGGUCGCCACCCUGCAGAGACACCAUUCAGUGGGGGGGGAGGGCCCCGUCUCACCAGGGCCUCAUAAGCUGGGCCUACCUGAGCGAAACCACACCGAACCAGCCGAGCAGCUCCGGCACAAGCGCUCGGUGAACGUUCUGCUGCCGCUGCAGAACAACGAGCUCCCCGGCCCCGAGUACCCGUACGAGACGACCGGCUGGGACGAGACCAGUCCCUACGAGCCCUUCGAGAACAAGCAGGCCCGCCGGCCACGCAAGAAGACACGCAAGAACCAGCGGAACCACAAGAUGCCCCUGCUGCAGUUCGACGAGCAGACCAUCAAGAAGGCGCGGAAGAAGCAGUGGAACGAGCCCAGGAACUGCGCCCGCCGCUACCUGAAGGUGGACUUCGCCGACAUCGGGUGGAGCGAAUGGAUAAUUUCCCCGAAGUCGUUUGACGCCUACUACUGCUCCGGGUCCUGCCAGUUCCCCAUGCCCAAGGCUCUGAAGCCAUCGAACCACGCCACCAUCCAGAGCAUCGUGCGGGCGGUGGGCGUGGUGCCGGGGAUCCCUGAGCCGUGCUGCGUCCCGGAGAAGAUGUCCUCCCUCAGCAUCCUGUUCUUCGACGAGGACAAGAACGUGGUGCUGAAGGUCUACCCCAACAUGACCGUGGACUCCUGCGCCUGUAGAUAGUUUAUUUGUGUUUUUCAAUGUCUCGUUCCUUCGAAGCUUGUUCACGUCAAACUAAUGUCACACAGAAAAAGAAACAAACAUCAACACAUGCAGCGAAUCUCUCUCCUCCCGUCUCCUCGGUCCCUCUCCCCCGUCAGCGGCCACUGAACACGACUCCCCUGCUGCACCGGAGGAGAGAGCGGCCUGUGGCUCCAGGCGAAGAGGAGACGGCUGCGUCACAGGGAAGGGACGGACGGCGAGACCUCAUCCUCGAGGAAGACAAACUGGAACGGGGACAAGUCAAGUCUCCACUGUUCAUCCUGUCGUCUCUAUCGAGAACCACAGACUCACUCUCAAGACGUGAAAACACAGACCGAGGCACAGACCGACAGAGGACGACUGACCUGAGACCCGUGGAGGACGGAGGGAGCCUCACCCUCGUCUUCCUCUUCUUCACAGCUCGACUUUGUCCCCUCUGCUCGCACUUGCAUGGUUUCUGUGUCUGUAUUUAUGUCUGUACUAUCACUGUGUUAUUCACUAUAUGAGACGUUAUCGUGUACCUAUUGGCUUGGCUGCUAUAGAGAGAUAUAUUAGAUUCCAAAGCCAGAGUUGUGAUGUGGCCGGGAGGAAGCCUCACGCGGCUUCAGAUCACGGC